AUGGGAAGCAUGGAGAACGGCAAUGCCAUCAAGACCGCAACGUUUGCAAUCGACGACGCGGUGGGCGAUGGUCAUGUCCCAACCAAGUAUAUCGGUACGACCACCGAUCAGGAUGAUAUGCAUGCCCUAGGGAAAAAGCAGGUCCUGCGGAGAAAUUUCCGAUUUGUCUCCAUUGUCGCCUUUGGAUGUACCUUGAUCGCAUCAUGGGAGGUGAUCCUGACAAUGACGGGAGAUGCUUUGAUUGAUGGAGGCACCGCUGGUUUCAUUUGGGGGUUCGUUGUGGUCACGGUCGGUGUAUUAUUGCUCUUUGCAAGCCUUGCCGAGAUGGCGUCGAUGGCGCCCACUGCAGGGGGACAGUACCACUGGGUGUCAGAGUUUGCUCCUCGCAGUUGCCAGAAGUUCCUCAGUUACAUCACAGGAUGGCUCUGUGCCACUGGCUGGGAGUGUGCCAUUGUCUCGAUUGCCUUUAUCGCAGGCACCAUCAUCCAGGGAAUGGCUAUUCUCAACUACCCCGACUACGUUCCGGAGAAUUGGCAUGGCACCCUGAUCACUAUCGCCAUCACUCUGUUUUCAGUGAUCUUCAACACUGUCCUCGCCAAGAAGCUUCCUCUUGUCGAAUCUUUUAUCCUGGUCCUCCAUAUCGCCGGCCUUUUUAUCGUCAUCAUUCCUCUCUGGGUCCUUGCCCCGAAGAGCGACGCAAAGACCGUCUUUACCCAAUUCACAAACCUCGGCGGCUGGAGUAGUGAUGGGGUCGCAACAAUGGUUGGUUUGAUUACCGCCAUCACGGCCAUGAUCGGUUACGACUGCACGGUCCACAUGUCCGAGGAGGUUCGGGAUGCGUCGACAACACUCCCCAAGGCCAUCAUGGCGGCUGUGUCUUUAAAUGGCAUCAUGGCUUUUGUCGUGCUAAUCACCCUUUGCUUCACCCUCGGAAACGUCGAGACCGUUGCCGAUACGGCGACGGGGUACCCGUUCAUCCAGGUGUUCUAUGAUGCUACCAAAAGCCUCGCAGCGACUAACGCGAUGACAUCUAUCGUUACCCUGACACUGAUUGCCAGUGUCAUUACCGAAGUGGCCACUGCCUCUCGCCAACUGUGGUCUUUUGCUCGUGACGGGGGUGUCCCAUUCGGUGCUUAUUUUGGCCAUGUCAACCCAGGGUUAAAUAUUCCUCUGAAUGCGGUCUUUUUGUCUCUCGGUCUCACCAUUCUCCUUUCCUUGAUCAACAUCGGGUCAGAAGUGGCCCUGGACGCGUUAAUCACGCUUACAGUCGGGUCUCUAUUGAACUCAUACAUCAUCACCGUUGCGUGUGUUGCCCUCAAACGUAUCCGUGGGCAGCCCUUACCACCUCGGCGCUGGUCUUUGGGCCGCUGGGGUCUUCCCAUCAACCUUGGCGCAGUGGCAUUUCUCAUCCCGGAGUUUAUCUUCGUCAUGUUCCCUCUCUAUUCGACCGUGACGCUUCAGACGAUGAAUUGGAGUUCACUCAUGUACGGCGGCAUGCUAAUUUUCUCCGUUACUUACUAUUUCAUCUACGGACGAAAGAACUACAUCCCACCCAUUGCGUUGGUGAAUCGGGAUCGGGAUACUUGA